UCGGAGCCAGCCCGGCGGCGCGGGCACCCGCCGGCAGCGAUGCCGCUCGCCCAGCUCGCCGAGCCCUGGUCCGACAUGGAGCUGGUCCAUCUGGACCCGGAGAACGGGCAGGCAACCCCAGAAGAAGGUGGAAAUCUUCCAGCCAAGGUAAAAUCCGACAUCACCUGGAUAGAGAAAGACCUCGUGGACUCAGCAGACAAGGGAGAAGGUGUCGUGCAGGAGUUCAACAUCACACACCAUGUGAAGGAAGGCUCUGAGAAGGCUGAUCCCUCGCAGUUUGAGCUGCUGAAGGUGCUGGGACAGGGCUCCUUUGGCAAGGUUUUCUUGGUGAGAAAAAUAACACCACCAGACAGCAACCACCUCUAUGCUAUGAAAGUGCUUAAGAAGGCGACACUGAAAGUGCGUGAUCGACUAAGGACAAAGAUAGAAAGGGACAUCCUGGCUGAUGUAAACCAUCCCUUUGUGGUGAAACUCCACUAUGCAUUCCAGACAGAGGGGAAGCUGUACCUCAUCUUGGAUUUCCUCAGAGGAGGUGACCUUUUUACUCGGCUUUCCAAAGAGGUCAUGUUCACUGAGGAGGACGUGAAGUUCUACCUGGCGGAGCUGGCGCUGGGACUGGACCAUUUGCACAGCCUGGGGAUCAUAUACAGGGAUCUCAAACCAGAGAACAUCCUCUUGGAUGAAGAAGGACACAUCAAACUCACAGAUUUUGGCUUGAGUAAGGAGGCCAUAGACCACGAGAAGAAGGCCUAUUCCUUCUGUGGGACAGUGGAGUACAUGGCCCCAGAGGUGGUGAAUCGCCAGGGCCACUCACACAGCGCUGACUGGUGGUCCUACGGGGUCCUAAUGUUUGAGAUGCUCACCGGUGCGCUGCCCUUCCAGGGGAAGGACCGUAAGGAGACCAUGACCCUCAUCCUCAAAGCGAAGCUGGGCAUGCCACAGUUCCUGAGUGCUGAGGCGCAGAGCCUCCUGAGAGCCCUGUUCAAGAGGAAUCCAGCCAACAGAUUAGGUUCUGGACCAGAUGGGGCAGAAGAGAUCAAGCGCCAUCCUUUCUACUCCACCAUUGACUGGAACAAGCUGUACCGCAGGGAAAUCAAGCCCCCCUUCAAGCCUGCAGUGGGCCAGCCAGACGACACCUUCUACUUUGACACAGAAUUUACGUCGCGCACGCCGAAAGAUUCCCCAGGUGUCCCCCCCAGUGCGGGGGCCCACCAGCUCUUCCGAGGCUUCAGUUUCGUGGCGACCGGAUUGAUGGAGGAUGGCAAGGUGAAACCUGCCCAGCCACCCCUGCAUUCGGUUGUGCAGCAGCUGCACGGCAAGAACGUCCAGUUCAGCGACGGGUACGUGGUGAAGGAGGUGAUCGGCGUCGGCUCCUACUCCGUGUGCAAACGCUGCAUCCACAAAGCCACCAACAUGGAGUACGCAGUCAAGAUGAUUGACAAGAGCAAGCGAGACCCUUCUGAGGAAAUAGAAAUCCUGCUGCGGUACGGGCAGCAUCCAAACAUCAUCACCUUGAAAGAUGUGUACGACGACGGGAAGUUCGUGUACCUGGUGACUGAGCUGAUGAGGGGAGGGGAGCUGCUGGAUAAAAUCCUCAGACAGAAGUUUUUCUCAGAGAGGGAAGCCAGUUCAGUCCUGCACAUGAUCUGUAAAACAGUGGAGUAUCUGCAUUCCCAAGGGGUGGUUCACAGGGACCUGAAACCCAGCAACAUUCUCUACGUGGAUAAGUCGGGAAACCCCGAGAGCAUUCGGAUUUGUGACUUUGGCUUUGCCAAGCAGCUGAGGGCUGAGAAUGGGCUGCUCAUGACUCCCUGCUAUACAGCCAACUUUGUGGCACCUGAGGUACUGAAGCGCCAAGGCUACGACGAGGGCUGUGACAUCUGGAGCCUGGGGGUUCUCCUGUACACGAUGCUCGCUGGCUGCACUCCGUUUGCAAACGGUCCCAGUGACACUCCAGAAGAGAUCCUGACCCGGAUAGGUGGGGGGAAGUUCUCCAUCAGUGGAGGCAAUUGGGACACUAUUUCUGACAUGGCCAAGGAUUUGGUAUCAAAGAUGCUCCACGUAGAUCCUCACCAGCGUCUCACAGCCAAGCAGGUCCUGCAGCAUCCGUGGAUAACCCAGAAGGACAGCUUGCCCCAGAGCCAGCUCAAUCACCAGGACAUUCAGCUUGUAAAGGGUGCAAUGGCUGCCACGUACUCUGCACUGAACAGCUCCAAGCCAAGCCCUCAGCUGAAGCCCAUUGAGUCCUCCAUCCUGGCACAGAGGCGGGUGAAGAAACUUCCCUCCACCACCCUGUGAAGCCGGGCUGGGCUGGGCUGCAGCCACACGGUGCAGGCACACACUGGAUUUUGCACACCUGUGGACAGUCAGUAUCUGCACUGGAGCUCCCUUGGAGGCUUGCUCUCAAAAGGCCAAGUGCCUUCCUGCUCCUGAAAGACUGGCUCCUCCUCGUGUGGACUGAUCUUUGCCGAGAGAACUUCACUGUAAAACUUUUUUGAAGUGUAAAUUGUCAAUUUUUAAAGACAUCCGUGUAUAUGAGAACUAGAAUGUAUAACUGAUGUCAAGUGGCACUAAAAAGCAGCUCUGAUUUCACCCUUCCCUGUGUAGGGCCUGGUAUUUGUUGUUGCUACAGCAUUUCUUGGAAUUGUUCCUCUCCAGCUCCACUGCAGUUGGAAGACUGUACCACAUUUGGGGGUUAGGCUUUGGGGUUUUUCCCUUCUUGAACCUUUGGAUGCCCUUCCCAAAGCCGACCCUGCAGCCUCCCAGCCAGCAGUGCUCUUGUCCUUAAAGGACUUCCCUCCCCCUCACUUUCUGUGUGUGUGUUCCACGUGAGGUCGAUUUUCCAGCCUCUGUUUCUCCCUCUCUCCCACACUCCCCCUGCCCAGCCAGCAGUUCAGUUCUCUGAACAAAAUAAACCAGAGUUUUCCAAACCCUCCCUUAGAUGCUUCACCUGUCCAGAACACCUGCUAGGUUUGGCUCCUUCCUUCCCUCUGCCCUCCCAUCACCAGAUGGGAGUUUGUCACCUGGGCAGGUGGGGAUGACAACAGAACCUUCUCCUCGGCAAAGCCGAGGCUUUGGGCUGGCUCUGGCUGCUGCUUUUACCAUUUUGGGGUUUUCCUUUCCCGUCAGCAGCAGGAACCUCUGAACAAAACCAUCCUUUGUUUUUUUAAUUUAACUUUGUUCUCCAGCUUGGUAACUCAGGGUUUCUUUCUGACUCGUACAAUAAACGUGUCAUUCAGGUGA